UCUAAGUCAGGCCCUGACCAGAGAGGAACAAUGCAAACGCAGUGGAACUGGCUUUUAAGUAGAGUUGAGUUUGAGGGCUAUAGAGGAACAGAUGAACCCUUGCAUACUGAGAUUUGAACAAAACGUCAUAAUCCUAACGUUUCGGUCAUUUAGAAGACGCUCUUAUCCAGAGAGACAAUUAGGGUUCAAUUCCUUGCUCAAGGGCAUAUCAACAGAUUUUUCACUUAGUCGGCUCGGGAUUUCGAACCAGCGACCUGUCAGUUACUGGCCCAACGCUCGUAACCGCUAGGCUCCCUGAUCUGUUACAGAAGAAAAUCAACAAUAACCUAGAAGGAGAUGGGUAUUUUGAUUAUGGUUACCUACUAUUCGGAUUUCUCAAGAACAAGGCAACGACACCCCACCCCCCUCCCCCUCCAUCCCUUAUGGGCGUAAUGUGUUGCUCUGCUCAUAGGAUCAAACUUCCCAAGUCCAUGUUCGUGACCAGGAUUCCAAAUCGAGGUAUAUGGCUUCAAAGCCAAUCAAGCACUUCCCAAAAGUCACGUUAUAGCUGAAAGCGACACGAUUCAGUGUAAAUGUGCAGACAAAGCGGAUCUGUUCGAUAUUGGGUGGAAAUAUGCAGCACCAGAGGAGGUAUUGGUGUGACUCGUGCGUGCGUAGUAACGAAUAAAUAGGCACUGCACGCUCUAAAUAUCAGCAAAUCAAACGUACUUCGCCAAAAAGGUCACCGUGGAUGGGAUUUUGUUGACAAUAGAUAUUCAAAACCCUGUGUUUCUUAGUGUCAAAAGCGCACCAGACGUUGCGUUGCCAAAGGACUUUAUUUGAUCGUCCUCGCAUAGUUUCUUUUUUGGACUCUACUUGGGUCACCUGUACCCAUCCUCAGCACGGAGUGAUGGCGGCGUCUGCACCUUCCUCCUCUGGCGGGGAACCGGAUCCCAACUCGACAAAUUUACGACCACCAGGCACAAGCUAUGACGCUUGGUGUGGAGUUGCUCAUGGAUGCACUAGAAAAUUGGGAAUGAAGAUAUGUGGAUUUUUGCAGAAGAACAAUAACCUCGAGGAGAAAAUUAGUUCCUUCAAGGAAAGAUCGUCUAAGGACCUGCUUGAUAACAGCGACAGGGAUUCCCGUUUCAGACGCACGGAGACGGACUUUUCCAAUCUGUUUGCUAGAGAUUUAUUACCAGCCAAAAAUGGAGAGGAGCCAACCAUGCAGUUCUUGUUGGAGGUGGUGGAUAUUCUCACAAACUACGUCCGGAAGACCUUCGACAGAUCCACCAAGGUCCUGGACUUCCACCACCCCCACCAGCUGCUGGAGGGCAUGGAGGGCUUCAACCUGGAGCUGUCCGACCAGCCUGAGUCUCUGGAGCAGAUCCUGGUGGACUGCAGGGAUACCCUGAAAUAUGGAGUGAGAACAGGUCACCCCAGGUUUUUCAACCAGCUAUCCACUGGUUUAGACAUCAUUGGGUUGGCAGGAGAAUGGCUCACCUCCACUGCAAACACUAACAUGUUCACCUAUGAGAUCGCUCCAGUCUUUGUGCUCAUGGAACAGCUGACGCUGAAGAAGAUGAGGGAGAUCAUUGGCUGGCCUGACGGAGAAGGCGAUGGGAUAUUCUCACCAGGUGGAGCGAUUUCCAAUAUGUACAGUGUGAUGACCGCCCGCUACAAGUUCUUCCCUGAAGUCAAGACCAAAGGCAUGACUGCUGCCCCCAGAUUGGUGCUCUUCACCUCGGAGCACAGUCACUACUCUAUAAAGAAAGCCAGUGCUGCUUUGGGCUUUGGAACAGAAAACCUGAUCCUGUUGAGCACAGAUGAGAGAGGGAGAGUCAUUCCUGCUGAUUUGGAAGCCAAGGUCAUCGACGCCAAGGCGCGGGGUUGUGUCCCAAUGUUCGUGAAUGCUACAGCUGGUUCCACAGUGUAUGGAGCGUUCGACCCCAUCCAUGAGAUUGCCGACAUCUGCGAGAAAUACAACAUGUGGCUACAUGUUGACGGUGCAUGGGGAGGAGGCCUACUGAUGUCCAGGAAGCACAGGCACAAGCUGCGUGGCGUGGAGCGGGCCAACUCAGUCACCUGGAACCCUCACAAGAUGAUGGGUGUGCCACUGCAGUGCUCUGCCAUUCUGGUCAGAGAGAGGGGAGUUUUAUCAGGCUGCAACUCAAUGUGUGCUGGCUACCUCUUCCAACCUGACAAACAGUACGAUGUAUCGUACGACACGGGGGAUAAGGCCAUCCAGUGUGGACGACACGUAGAUAUCUUCAAAUUCUGGCUCAUGUGGAAAGCAAAGGGAACAAUAGGGUUUGAACACCACAUCGACAAGUGCUUGGACCUCUCGCAUUAUCUCUAUACUAAAAUCAGGGACCGUGAGGGCUAUCAGAUGGUGUUCGAGGGAGAGCCCCAGCACACGAAUGUCUGCUUCUGGUACCUUCCGCCAGGCAUUCGUGACAUGCCCGAUGGUCAAGAGAGGCGGGACAGGUUGCAUAAGGUGGCCCCCAAGAUCAAGGCGUUGAUGAUGGAGUCUGGAACUACCAUGGUGGGCUACCAGCCUCAGGGAGACAAGGUCAACUUCUUCCGCAUGGUCAUCUCCAAUCCUGCCGCCACCAGGUCAGAUAUCGACUUCUUGACCGAUGAGAUUGAGAGACUGGGGCAUGACUUGUAAGGGCCACGCUCAGUAGGAGGAUGUUGCCCUUUGACCUUUCGGUCUCAGCUUUGUCAUGUCCAGCUCGAAAAAGACCCUGAACUACAGCAAGCUUCAUAUUCCUGUUGUCUCUUGACCAAUCAUGUAGGACUUUGAAACUUCAGCUGCUUGUAGGACCUUUUUAGGUAAGCUGUGAUCUCAUGUGUUUCCUGUCUGUUCUGUCUUUUAGCAGUGACUAUGCCAUAGUUAAAUCUAACAAUAACUGUUGUACAGUAGAGCCUACAUAAGAGAAUACAUAUUCAAAUCCUGAGUGACCUUGAGAGAUCUUUUUCAGUAAGAGACAGAGCACAAUGCAAAGGACCUCAUGGCAUGGAUGUGCACAGUAUUGUAAGUUACUGUAUAUAUACAGUAUACCUAGAUAUAUACAGUAUAUUAUAAUGUACUGACUAUUGGUGCUGUGUGUUGUCCAUGUAAUUAUUAGGCCAGAUGCACUAUAUGAAACACUACAUUAUAUCCUGGCUGCUCUUCCCCUUCCAUAUUAAGAAGAGGGAAUAUAACACAGUCAUUGUAACAGGUACUGUAUUCUGUUGCUGCGUUUGAGAUAAUGCAUUUUGGGGAGAUUGUGUAUAGUAUGGUUACAUUGCUUUUGUGGAAAAUAUAUAUGUCCUAGUUUUUCAGUAACACACGUUCCAAUUAUUAUAAAAACACUAAAUAUACAUAAUUUAAUAGACAAAUCACUAUUUAUAUCCAGACAGUAUGUGUGUGAAAUAGUUACCGAUUUCCAUUUGUAAUGUGUCCUUACUUGUAUUUUGAAACAGUACUGUAUAUUACCCGAAUGUUUUGAAUAAUGAGAUUAAAGGUAUUUUAGUUUA